UUUGGUAACAAAUAAAACGCCACAGUAUAGAAGUAAUGGUGGUACGGAUGCAGAGAAUUUGGCACUUCAAAAUGUGCAGGCUCGGUUAAGAAUGGUUCUUUCAUAUUUAUUUGCUCAACUUUUGCCCUGGGUGAGAAACAAGAAUGGAUCCUUACUUGUUCUUGGUAGUUCAAAUGUUGAUGAAUGCGCGGACAUAAACCCAAUUGGUGCUAUAAGCAAAACCGAUUUGCGUAAAUUUAUCAAUUACGCAAAAAAUACAUUCGAUAUUUCCGUGCUUGAUGAGUUCCUUAAGGCAACUCCAACAGCAGAACUUGAGCCAAUCACUCAUGAAUACGUUCAAUCUGAUGAGGUUGAUAUGGGUAUGACAUAUGAUGAGUUGUCAAUUUUUGGUAAAUUGCGCAAGAUUGAGCGUUGUGGGCCAUUUUCAAUGUUUUCGAAACUUGUUCAUGAAUGGGGAACAGAAUUAAGGCCGACAGAGGUUGCUUCAAAAGUCAAACGAUUCUUCUACUAUUAUUCUGUUAAUCGACAUAAAAUGACUACACUUACACCGUCAUAUCACGCUGAAGCAUAUAGUCCUGAUGAUAAUAGAUUUGAUUUAAGACCGUUUUUAUAUAACACAGCUUGGAGUUGGCAAUUUAAAAAGAUUGAUACACUCUCCAAGGAUAUGGAAGAGGAAUAA